AUGUCAUCGUCUGUUCAUUUCAAAUUCAAAUCCCAAAAGGAACCCUCAAGAGUCACGUUCGAUGGCACAGGUAUUUCGGUCUUUGAGCUCAAACGAGAGAUCAUCAGCCAGAGUAGAUUGGGCGAUGGAUCUGACUUUGAGCUGUCCAUCUACAACGAGGACACUGGGGAGGGUACGUCUCUACCUCUUCUUCCUCCAGCUGGAAAACGACUGACCACUGUCUCCCUUCUAGAGUAUGACGAUGACACUACCAUUAUUCCUCGAUCGACGUCCGUGAUCGCCCGCCGGCUGCCCGCCGCGCGUCCGGGCAAGGGUGGCGCUGCUCGUUAUGUCUCGGGCAAGAUGCCUGUCAAUGCUCGCAAUGCCCGCAAUGAACCGUCCGCCGUUGGAAGAUCUGCCUCGGGUGGUGGCAUCAGCAACAACGUGCUAGAGCUCAACAAUGCACAGACGGAAGAAGAGAAAAUAAAUGCCCUUUUCAACCUGCAGGCCAGUCAAUGGAAAGAGCAGCAACAGGAGAUGGCCAAUGCGACUCCAGUACCGUUUGGGCGUGGCAGAGGCAAACCAGUCAAUAUCCCAGAUCACCCUCCACCUCCCGGAUAUCUGUGCUACCGGUGCAGAGAAAAAGGUCAUUGGAUCCAAGCAUGUCCGACCAACAACGACCCCAAGUUUGACGGCAAAUACCGAGUCAAGCGCUCCACAGGUAUCCCGCGUUCACUUCAAACCAAAGUCGAGAAACCAGAAUCUUUGGCCCCGGAUGGCUCCACUGAUGACUCGAGGAACACGGGGGUCAUGGUCAAUGCCGAUGGGGAUUUUGUCGUUGCUAGACCGGAUAAGGCCGCUUGGGAACUGUACCAGGAAAAGGCCAAGGCAUCUGCAGCGGCAGCAGCGGAGGCAGCUGCAGCGGAGGAAAGCAAGGCACUGCAGGCGCGAGGUCUAGAGUGUCCCAUUGACAAGAGGAUGUUCUUAGAGCCGACCAAAACACCAUGCUGCCAGAGGACCUAUUGCAAUGAUUGUAUCACAAAUGCCUUGAUUGAAAGUGACUUUGUUUGUCCGGGUUGUGGAACGGAGGGUGUCCUCCUCGAUAAUCUCACCCCGGAUGAUGAGGCUGUCUCCAACAUCAAGGCGUACGAAGCUGAGAAGGCCGAUGCGAAGAAAGAGAAGGAAAAGCAGCCUGCCGGCCAGGACAGCCUGUUCGCCAACGAAGGCUCCGAAGCUGCGCCCCAAGGAUCCCCAGUAUCCAAAGAGCCACAGCCCACCCAAGCCUCUGAGAGUGCGCCGACCCAAUCGAAGAAGAGACCAGCCGAGGACGAGCCAGCCCAGCGUGACACGGGGAGGUCGAGCCCCGGAAAUGUGGCUAAGAAGCAGAAGGCCGGUGAUGGAGAACCUGAUGCGCCGAAUGCUGACGCUUCGGUACCAGAGGGAUCGACAAACGCUGCUCAGAUGCCCUUCAAUCCCCAGAUGCCGUUUGGUCCCAUGGGAAUGCAGGGCAUGCCUCCUGUACCUUUUUCUGGACCAGGGUUCGGGAAUGAUGCGAUGGGAUUCAUGAACCCGAUGUUCGCCAAUGGCAUGGGCCCCGGCUGGAACCCGAUGAAUAUGCCCUUCAAUCCCCUUCCGGCGGGGAUGUUUGGCGAUGGCUCCAUGCCGAAUGGAUUUCCCAACAUGUACAAUGGCGACGGGUCGAUGCCGAUAUUUCCGAUGGCGCAGGCACCCGGUGCGAUGGCCCCCAACCCCGGCUUCCAGGGACCGGGCGUCAAUAAUUUCUCCAACCAACAACGGACGGCCUUUGGGGGUCCAUACUCUCGGGAAGAUGACUCACCCUACUUCCGCCAGCCUGUGAAUCCACAACGCCACCAAGCUCGCAAUCGAAGAGUGCGGCCCAGUGACUAUCGCGAGCUGUGA